AUGGAAGCCGAGCUAAUGACCUUCACGAAUAUUGAAGAGAAAGUUCUGUACACGCCGGAGUGCUGUCCCGAUGGCGACGACGUCGAGUACGAACCGCUGGAGAAAGCAGUGCGGGCGACGCAUGAGACUGUGGACGUUUGCAGCGCGCAACCACUGGAGAUCUUGGAGAGGUUCCGCAAGUACUCGUACCUCCUCUCUGAGAAGGUGGAAGAUUUCGAUCCGACUGACAUCGCUGCCUGCCGCGAGCGCAUACAGAGCUACCGAAAUGCCAAGUACGAAGUGCAAGUCCUUUCGGAGAGCUUUAUGGACUUCCCGCUCUUCCGGCUGCGAUGUGCACACAUGAUCACGACUUUGGCUGAGAAGGCUGAAGCAUUGGCGCAGGAGUGCCUCCGACAGUGCAACGCGAACAUCGAAGAGAGGGCAGAUGCCAUCCUGGAAGAGUGGGACUCCACGCACAAGCGUAUCCUCGCCAGCCCCGACUCAGAGAAAGACAUGGCAGAGCUUCGCGAGUUCAUGGAAGUGGUUCAGAAGAAGGUGGUGAAGCCCUUGAUGGAGCGUACCCGAGAAGUCCAUCAGCAAAUGAACAUGGUCGAGGACUUUGGCCAUGAUGUGGGUGGCGAAGUAGUGGAAAAGGCCUUCCGCUCGUUCGAGUGGCCUCUUCAGAUCAACAUGGAUGUGAUGGAGGCCGACCGGCAGCUGAACACGGACAAGAUUGCGUUCAUGGAACAGCUCCAGCGCGAGGUGGAAGAGUAUCAGAAGGACUUCCAGAAGUACUCAAGCGAACUGGAGUGGGUAAAAAGUCUCGACUCCUAUGCCGUGGCCGGACAAGUCGCGCAAAAGAUCCAGACGCUUCAGGACAAUCUCGUGAGAGCUACAGAACGGGUCAAGUCCUUUUCCGACCGGGAGAAGCUCUUCCAGAUCGAUCAGAGGGAUUACUCCGAUCUUGAGGUUCUCCAGGAUGAAUUCAAGCCCUACUUCGAUCUUUGGUCGAUGGCCAUCGAGUACAAUGGGUGCGAGGAGGAAUGGCUAAGUGGCAAGCUUGCGAACUUGACCGCCAACGAAGUGGAGCAGACUGUGGAUGACAACUUCAAGGACUCCUACAAGGCCUACAAGUCCUUUGAGGGGUCGCCGAACCCGCAGAAAGUGGCCCAGGAGCUCAGAACCGCAGUGCAGGCGUUUAAGAAGAACAUGCCCAUCAUCCAGGGCCUCUGCCAGCCGGCCAUCAAGACGUCGCACCUUCUUCAGCUCUUUGAGGACAUGGAUGUUGACAUCGACAUGGAGGAUGGCUUGACAUUGACGAUGUGCCUUGAGGCAGGCAUGCUGAACCACAUCGACAAGGUGGAAGCCAUCAGCACGUCGGCUCAGAAGCAGCACGGGCUGAAGGUCGCGCUCCAGACCAUGAAGAACGAAUGGAAGGCCAUGGCGUUCGGCACUCUGCCCUACAAGAACACCGGCACCUUCCUUCUCAAAGGAGCCGAUGAUGUGCAGGCCCUUCUGGACGACCACAUCAUCAAAACCCAGGCGGUCCGUGGGUCCCCAUUCGUGAAGCCCAUCGAGAAAGAAGUCAAGGACUGGGAGGCAAAACUCAUCUACAUUCAGGACUUGCUGGAGCAGUGGCUGAUGGUCCAGAGGACCUGGCUGUACUUGGAGCCAAUCUUCAGCUCCGAGGACAUUGUCAGGCAGAUGCCAGGUGAAGCCACGAAGUUCCAAGCGGUGGACAAGCUGUGGCGAGACACCAUGGCCGCCGUGGAUGAGAAUCCCACGGUCCUGGAUGUCACAGAGAUUGAGAACCUGUUGAUCCACUUCACAGAUGCCAACAAGAAGCUUGACCAGAUCCAGAAGUGUUUGAACGACUACUUGGAGACCAAGCGCUUGGCAUUUCCGCGGUUCUUCUUCUUGUCGAACGACGAGCUGCUCAUGAUUCUGUCCCAGACGAAGGACCCAACAGCGGUGCAGCCACACAUGGGCAAGUGCUUCGAAGGUAUCAACAAGGUGCGCUUCGACGCCAAUGAUGAGAUCAUCGAAGCCAUGCUCUCCGUCGAGGGCGAAGUUGUGGAGCUCAUCAGCAAGGUGAACGUCAACGAGGGCGAGAAGAAGGGCAACGUAGAGCGCUGGCUGCUGGAAGUGCAGGACUCCAUGAUCCGGACUCUGACCAAGAUUAUGGGGGAUUCCGUGCGCGCCUACGCAGAGACGCAGCGAGGCAAGUGGGUCCUUUCCUGGCCCGGGCAGGUUGUCAUCGCUGUCGACAACAUUUAUUGGACACAGGAGGUGGCAGAAGCAAUCGAGAAGGGGAAGCUUGAGGAUUACUACCAGACCUGCGCCACACAGCUUGCGGACUUGGUGGAGCUGGUGCGGGGUGAGCUCUCCAAGCUGGAGCGGAAGACCCUCACGGCGAUGGUGACGAUUGAUGUCCACAAUCGCGACGUGGUGGGCAGUUUGCGGGACGCCAGAGUCUCUUCGCCGAAGGACUUUGACUGGAUGGCCCAGCUGCGCUACUAUUGGGCUCCCACCGGCUCCAUCAUUAUGUACGAGACGCAGAAGCCAAGCACGACGGACAACUGCCAGGUUUCCAUCAUCAACGCUACCCUUCUGUACGGCUUCGAGUACUUGGGCAACAGCGACCGGCUGGUCGUCACGCCGCUGACAGACAGGUGUUACCGCACCCUGAUGGGUGCCUUCCACCUUUUCUAUGGGGGUGCUCCAGAAGGGCCUGCAGGCACCGGCAAGACUGAGUCCACGAAGGACUUGGCCAAGGCAAUGUCGGUUCAGUGCGUUGUCUUCAACUGCUCGGAUGGCCUGGACUACCUGGCCAUGGGCAAGUUCUUCAAGGGUUUGGCAUCGUCGGGGGCAUGGUGUUGCUUCGACGAGUUUAACCGCAUCGACUUGGAGGUCCUGUCUGUCAUUGCCCAGCAGGUGGCUUGCAUCCAGGAGGCGAUCCGCAUGAAGAAGCGCCGCUUCAUCUUUGAAGAGACCGAGCUGGAGUUGAUCCCAACAUGCGCCGUGAACAUCACCAUGAAUCCUGGCUACGCGGGGCGUUCUGAAUUGCCGGACAACUUGAAGGCACUUUUCCGCCCGUGCGCGAUGAUGGUGCCGGACUAUGCCCUUAUUGGAGAGAUUGUCCUCUAUUCGGUGGGCUUCGGGAAUGCCAAGCCUUUGGCUGCCAAGGCGGUCGCGUCUCUGCGCCUGGGAUCCGAGCAGCUCUCUUCCCAGGAUCACUACGACUUCGGCAUGCGCGCUCUGAAGUCGAUCCUGGUCGCAGCCGGUCAGCUUCGCAAGAAGUUCGGCAACAGCAGGGCCGAAGACAUCUUGAUGCUGUCUGCUCUAAACGACGUGAACUUGCCCAAGUUCACAUCCAACGACAUCCCACUAUUCUUGGGAAUCACGGGCGACCUCUUCCCCGGAGUCAAGUUGCCGCCUUCGGACUAUGGCAAGCUCAUCAACGAGCUGGAAGGUGCCGCACGUGCGCGCCACCUCCAGCCCAAGGCCUCCUUCAUCCACAAGUGCACCCAGCUUUGGGAAACCAUCAUGGUCAGGCAUGGCUUGAUGGUGGUCGGUAUGAAUGUCUCUGGAAAGUCCGAGGUGGAGAACGUCUUGGCGGCUGCUUUGGCGGCGGUGGCAGAUGGCGACCUGUAUCUGCCCUGCCAGAUCCACAAGAUCAACCCAAAGUCCAUUAAGCAGGGCCAGUUGUACGGCGACUUCGACGAGAACACGCACGAGUGGACCGACGGCAUCCUGGCGCUUACCGUCCGCUACACUGCCAAUGCUGACCCGGGCCACCGACAGUGGAUCAUGCUGGAUGGUCCGGUGGACGCCGUGUGGAUCGAGAACAUGAACACCGUCCUUGAUGACAAUAAGAAGUUGUGCCUCAACAGCGGCGAGAUCAUCAAGCUGAGCCCAGUGACCACAAUGAUGUUCGAAGUGGAGGAUCUGACCGCCGCUUCGCCAGCCACUGUGUCGCGCUGCGGCAUGGUCUUCAUGGAGCAGGUGGACAUCGGCUGGCGCGUGCUGAUGCAGUCUUGGAUUGAAACGGCUCCAGAACGACUCCAGGACUGUGGCGAACAAUUGAAGACUCUCAUGGAAACGAACAUCGAUCAGUGCUGGGAGAUGUGCCAGCGCAAGAUCAAGACGCCGGUGCCAGUCACACAGAACUGGCUGGUUUGCAGCCUGCUCAAGCUGCUCAUGGCCUUGUUGAAGAUCGAGCUUCCGCUGGACCCCGAGAAAGACAAGCAGGACAUGCCAGCGAAGGAGAAGGAGGUCAAGGUCGAGAACAUGUUCUGGCUGUCCAUGGUCUGGAGCUUCGGAGCAACGACGGACAGCGCCGGAAGGAAGAUCAUGAACUCGUUUAUUCGGGCGAUUCAGCAGGGCAUGCCGGUCAAGGAAGAGUUUGACCUCAUCGCUGACGACCCGACCAUGAGGCCUGUGUCAAAGACGCCUUUCCCAGAGAAGGACACGGUGUACGAGUACUUUGCCUUCUCCCAGUCCAACAAGUGGGAGAACUGGACGAAGAAAAUCACCGGCUUCGACAUUCCGAAGGAAGCUUUGGCACACCAGCUGAUGAUUCCAACAACAGACACUGUUCGCAGCGCUUUCCUCUUGCAGUCUCUGGUGGCUUCUGAGUACCACGUCCUGUACUCUGGCCUGACGGGCACGGGCAAGACUGUUGUCAUUCAGCAAGAACUGCUGAAACGUUUCGACAAAGAGAAGUACUCGGUGAUCUCCUUCGCUUUCAGUGCACAAACCAACGCCAACCAGACGCAGGACAUCAUUGAUGGCAAGCUGGACAAGCGGAAGAAGGGCACAUACGGUCCUCCCUUCGGCAAGAAGUGCUUGCUUUUCAUCGAUGACUUGAACAUGCCGGCCAAGGAGAAGUAUGGGGCCCAGCCACCGAUCGAGCUGCUGCGCCAGUGGAUGGACACUGGAGGCUGGUAUGAGAGGAAGACUGCGGAGUUCCGCAAUCUUGUGGACCUGAUUUUCAUCGGCGCGAUGGGACCACCAGGUGCCGGGCGGCCUUUCCUCACCGGCCGAUUUCAACGGCAUUUCAACCUCGUCUUCGUCACGCCCUUCGAGCAAGAAAGUCUGCAAAGGAUCUUCCAAACCAUCAUGCAGUGGUUCCUGGGGCGUUUCCCAGGGGCAGUGGCAGGCGUGGCCGGUGCAGUGGUGAAGUCAACGAUCCAGCUCUACGAGGACAUGUCAGCCGCGAUGCUUCCCACUCCGGCAAAGAGCCACUACACGUUCAAUCUGCGCGAUCUGGCCAAGGUCCAUCUCGGCAUCUGCCGAUGCCAAAAGAAGUCAAUGGAGUCGGCGGAUGAUUUGGCGAGGUGCUGGGCACAUGAAGCGCACCGUGUGUUCUAUGACCGCCUGGUGACGAAAGAUGAUCAGGAGUGGUUCCGAGAGAAGAUCAGCGACAUCCUCAAGGAGAACUUCAAGAAGGACUGGAAGAGCCUGGUCAAGGUGGAGCCAUUGAUCUGGUGCGACUUCAUCGAUCCUCGGGCGAGCCACUACCAGCAAGUUGAGGAUCCGCCCAAGCUGGUGGAGGUGCUGGACAAUUUCCUCGUGGAGUACAACACAAUGGCCAAGAGGGGCAUGGAUUUGGUGCUUUUCAUGGCUGCGGCCCAGCACCGCAUGUCAGCCAAGUGGCCUGGAGCUCAAGACAUGCAACAUACGGGGGUUCGCGUUCUGAAGACUCCGCUUGGAAACGCCUUGCUGGUAGGUGUCGGAGGAUCUGGCAGGAAAAGCCUUGCAACGCUUGCUGCGUUCGUUGCCGAGCAGGAGACUUUCCAGAUCGAAAUCACCAAGAGCUAUGGCAUGAACGACUGGCACGAAGACAUCAAGCGUUUGCUCAUUCGCUGCGGAGGUCAGAUGAAGGAGGCCGGGAUUCACAUGCUGCGCCGCUUGCAAUUCAGGUUGUUGGUAGAGAUUCCUAGCCUUCCCUCCGCUGGGGCGAUCAGGCAACUCUUGCUGGCCUUCGAGAUCCUGUGCUUUGCGGCCGCGCAUCGCAAAGAGAUCCUCGAGGUCAUCCGCGGGGCGCUUCAGCACCUGGGCUGCUUCAGCACGUGGCUCCGGCCUUUCGAGGAUGACUCGAUGGUCGCGAUUGAGGUGAUCGCCAUGCGUGUUCGAAUGGUGAAAGUCUACUUCAGCGUGCUGGCGGCUUCAAUGUGCAGCAUGUUGGCUGUGCUUCAACAACGAUUGCGGACGGGCGGCUUUGCGGGAACAGAGUUCUGGCGAUGGUCCUUGGUGGCGUUUCUUGUGGCCUCGCUUGCUUUCUUCAUCAGUUCAAGACUUCGCCGAGCUAGGGCUUUCAAUUCUUGGUACGUGGCGUUGAUGACGCUUUGUGCCACUAUGCUUCUCUACCAUGCAGCCAGCCCCGAGGAUCAGCAAGUAUGGCCGUUGACACAGAUUUCCGCUCAGAUGUCGGUCUUUUGCCGCAUCCCUGCUGUUUGCCUCACCAACCGCGUUUGCCUGGUCGCAGUCUGCAAUGCUAUUCUCGUCGUGAUGGUCGCCUUGUUCUCGCCGCUGGAAGGUCUUGGAAUGGAGAGUGCCGGCGCCCUGGGUGCUGUGAUAGCUGCUGUGGCAUUGCAGGUGCUGCUCAAUGGAUCCGCAAGACGGAAAGUUAGCCAUAAGACCACCACCAGCGACCUCCAAGCUUCCCGGGCAUUGCUGCAUCUCAUCUGCGAUGCUGUAAUUGAGCUCGACGAGUCGUUGCGGCUGUCGCAACACUCCCCAGAGUUGGCUGCAAUCUUGCUAAGGGACUCCAGUCCAUGCAACAGGAGUCUUGAAGGCAAGCGAUUCAGAGAUUUUCUGGCGACGCCUGAAGAGGCUGCUCGAGCACAAGAGCAACUCCUGGCGCGAUUGAAGCCUGCGGCAGCGCAGGCGGCAGCAGCCUUCCACACGCGCUUGGUUGAUGCCGACAACGGCAAACUCCCGACUGAGGUCUUUCAUGUGACAUACUCGAAAGCAGAUGGCAGCACCUCACACCUCUUGGGCCUCCGGGACUUCACGGAUCAGGUGUCCCUGGCCCCUCCGGCAUCUCUGGGGGCUCCUGUUUUGGAGAACGUCUCAGGCUCAAGCGCUUUGAAUCUCGAAGCCCGUACCUCAUCGAAAAGUCUGCAGCCAGAUGCUCCGAGCCCUCCGAGCAUCGUCUCUUUGCAGAUUGAUCUGGCUGAGAAGGUCGUGGAGGCUGCUUCCCUCUCCGCUCCGGACUUGGUGGGCAUGCCUGUGCUCAGUCUCCUCCCCUCUCUGGGACCGGAGCUGCUUCGCAAAGCUUGUGGGGCUGUGGAUGGAGGUGCUGCCAGAACCUUUAGCUUCCGCAACGUCGUGGUACAGUGGGGUCCAGAGCAGAUGGACAACAUCGAUGGAACGGCCGAAAUCUUGUGUACACAAGGUUUUGUCCAAAAUCCAGCCGCUUGUCUCGCGAAGUCUGCCUUUUUGGACAGCAGCGGAGCUGGUUUGGGCUGCGGCGAAGCCAUGGGCGUGCCCGGAAAUCCGGAGCCAAAAGGCGCCAGCCAGGCAUUUGUGCAUGUGCACACGUGCCCAGCGAAGGCUGUUUUCAACAGCAGCUUCGAAGGCCGCUUCAAAGCCUGUUUCUCUAGCACGACGCCUGGCAGCCAGGUGUGUUUCCUUCUUCCGGACACGCAGAUUGCAAACGAGAACUUCGUCGAGGAGGUGUCAGGCCUGCUCAACACGGGGGAAGUUCCAAACCUCUUCAAUGCCGAGGACAAGACGCAGAUCCUGGAACUGUGCACCAAUUUGGCUGCCAAAGAGGGGCGACAUGGGCCCGCCGAGGUAAUGGCGUUCUUCAUCGAGCAGUGUAUGAAGAACAUGCACAUUGUCUUAGCCUUCUCGCCCAUUGGCGAGAACUUCCGCCGGCGAGUGCGAAUGUUCCCAUCGCUGGUGAACUGCUGCACGAUUGAUUGGUUCCAUGAGUGGCCAGAUGCAGCUCUGCAAAGCGUGGCGGACUCAUUCCGGGAGAUCUGGGACCACUACAUCCCUUUGUUUCAGGUGGCGAACCACUUCCUGGCAAAAACGGGCAUGCCAGAUGAUGUCCUGAAAGGCCUUCUCUUGCUUGAUGGACUGGGCCCUGUCUUCACUCUGGCAGAGCGUUUCCAGAAGGAGGUGCAGCGCUACUACUAUGUUACUCCGACGUCGUACCUUGAGCUGAUCAACGCCUUCAAAGGCCUCCUCGCCAGCAAGCAGGAUGAGGUCUCCAAGGUGAAGUCCAGGUAUGAUGUCGGCCUGGACAAGAUCAUGUCCACUGAGGAGCAGGUCACCACGAUGCAGGCUGAGCUCGAGGAGCUGAAGCCCACGCUGAAGAAGACAGCCGAAGAUACAGAACAGCUCAUGGUGGUAAUUGAAGGCAAGCAGAAGGAAGCCGCUGCGACUGAAGAGGUGGUCUCCAAGGAUGCCGCAGAGACGUCCAAGGUGGCGGAGAGCGCCAACAACAUGAAAAUGGAUUGCCAGCGAGACCUUGACAAGGCGAUGCCGGCGUUGAACUCGGCCAUCGAGGCGCUGAAUCAGCUGUCGAAGGGAGACAUUGUGGAGGUCAAGGCAAUGGGCAAGCCUCCAGGGGGUGUCGUUCUUGUGUCCAAAGCGUUGUGCUGGUGCUUUGGCGUGAAGCCCAAGAAGGUGCCUGCACCGGAUGGUAGGUCCAAGGUGGACGACUACUGGGAUCCCGCCAAGAAGGAGCUCUGGGGCGACUCGAAGCUGCUGGAGCGUCUGCUCAACUUCGACAAGGAUAACAUCCCGGCCGACGUCAUGACGAAGCUGCUGCCACUGGAGACGGAUCCGGACUUCGAACCGGAUGCCAUCAAGAAGGCGUCAGUGGCAGCUUGUGGCAUCUGCAAGUGGGUCCGAGCGAUGAUCGUUUACGACCAGGUUGCGAAGAUGGUCGGGCCAAAGAAGCAAGCUUUGGCCGGAGCCGAAGGGUGGGGCCUCCUGGUAAGAGCAGCGAACGAAGUCCGGGAGAAUGUAGCAAGGCAUCGGAAGGUCGGGGAGUUGAGGAGGCUCUGGACGUUUUACGUGAUGAAGAUCGUUCAUGAAACAAACUUUUUGGCGUUUGUUUCUGGACACCUGCUUUGGUUUCAGGUUUGUGGGUCCAACCAGGCAGAGCUCCAGAAGGUACAGGACAACGUUGCCAAGCUUCUUGAGGACGAAUCCCAUCCCCUCCCAGACAUUCUGAACCUUGACUUCGCCACGGCGAAGCAAAAGAAAGAUGACCUGCAGAAUCAAUUUGAGGUCUGCUCCAAGCGCUUGGUCACGGCAGAGAAGCUGAUAAACGGCCUCGGUGGGGAGAAGUCGCGGUGGGAAGCAUCAUCGGCCAAAUUGGGAGAGCAGUAUGACAACCUCACUGGCGAUGUGCUGAUAUCCUCGGGCAUCAUCGCUUACCUGGGCUGUUUCCUUGCAAAGUACCGCCUCGAGUCGGUGGACUCGUGGAUUUCACUGAUGCGGGACAACAAAGUGCCCUCCUCUUCCUCUUUCUUGCUGCGGUCCGUUAUCGGCGAGGAUGUGGAGAUACGCCAGUGGGUCAUCGACAAACUGCCAAACGAUCAGGUGUCCAUCGACAAUGCCCUUAUCUCGAAGAACUCCAGGCGCUGGCCCUUGAUGAUCGACCCUCAAAUCCAGGCCAAUAAGUGGAUCAGGAACUCGAAGGGUGACAAGCUGCUUGUCCUGCGACUCUCACAGAACAACUAUGCAAGGAAGCUGGAAGUUGGUAUCUCCCAGGGGCAGCCGGUGCUCAUCGAGAAUGUGCCCGAGGUGCUGGAUCCUCUGUUGGAGCCACUGUUGCAGAAAGCCAAGUUCAAGGCAGGCAACAUGAUCAUGAUUCGGCUUGGGGACUCCACGGUCGAGUACAACGAGGACUUCCGCUUGUACAUCACGACCAAGCUGCCAAAUCCCCAUUACUCACCUGAGAUUUGCGUGCAGGUAACGCUGCUGAACUUCAUGGUGACCCCAGAUGGCUUGCAAGAUCAGAUGCUGGGCAUUCUUGUGCAAAAGGAAGAGCCGGAAGUGGAGAAGAAGCGGCAGAACUUGAUUAUUGAGAGUGCCCAAAGCAAAGCACAGCUCAAGGAGAUCGAGGAUAAAAUUCUGGAGCUGCUUUCGAACUCCAAGGGCAACAUCUUGGACGAUGAGGAGCUCAUUACCACCUUGGCCAACUCCAAGGUAACAUCUACCCGCAUCGAGGAGCGUGUGAAGGAACAGGAGAAGACGCACCUUGACCACCAAGCAGACCCGCAGGCCUUGGUGCAGGAGACCCGUGAGACCUACGUGCCAGUCUCCGUCCGUAGCUCGGCGAUGUUCUUCGUCAUCGCGGAUCUUUGCAAGGUUGAGCCAAUGUAUCAGUACAGUUUAGAGUGGUUCAUCGACAUCUUCCUCCUUGCUAUCAAGACGGCGGAGAAGCCGGAGCGCAAUCUACAGCGGCGCCUGACAGCUCUGCAGAAUCAGUUCAUCAAGCUUCUGUACGAAAAGGUUUGCGAUUCGCUUUUCGCAAAAGACAAGCUUAUGUUGUCCCUGCUGCUCACAUUCAAGUCCAUGGAGGUGGAUCAUGAGCUGAACCAGGCAGAGAAAGCCUUGCUCCUUGUGGGCGGCACAACUGGCGCCGAGGUUCGUCCACGUCCGCAGGCAGAGUGGCUCAGUGACGUCUCCUGGGCCAGGAUCUCUGAGCUCGAGGACCUCGGCAAAGGGCCGUGGCCUGGCUUUUGCGAGAAGUUCGCAUCAAGCCUCUCUUCUUGGAAGGCGGUGUUCGAUUCCGACGAUCCGGUGCAGGCACCCUGGCCCGGUGAUAUCAAGGAGCAAAUGACCCCGAUGCAGCAGGCGCUGGUGCUGCUUGCAGUCCGAGCAGACGCCACAGUUCAAGGUCUGCAGAAUAUCAUCAUGGCCAAGCUGGGAGCUGAUUUCCUCGAGCCGCCGCCCUUCAACCUCGAGAAGGUCUACAGCGACAGCAACAACGUCACGCCGCUCAUCUUCGUGCUCUCUUCAGGAGCCGAUCCAAUGGCGGAACUCAACCGCCUGGCCAUCAAGAACAACAUGUUCGAGACGAAGGCGGCCGUGUCCCUGGGCCAGGGACAGGGGCCCAAAGCUGAGUUCGCCAUCAGCGAGGGCAAGACGGCUGGCAACUGGGUUAUCCUUCAAAACUGCCACCUGGCAGUCUCCUGGAUGCCCAUGCUGGAGAAACUGGUGGAGGAGCUCGACCCUGAUGCUGUGGCGCACACCUUCCGUCUGUGGUUGAGUGCCAUGCCAUCUCCCCACUUCCCCGUGAGCGUCUUGCAGAACGGGAUGAAGAUGACGGUCGAGCCACCGAAAGGAUUGAAGUCGAAUCUCCUCCGUGCCUUUCUCUCCUUCGAGGAAGACUGGUUCGAAUCGGCGGGCAACACAGAUGCUUCGCGCAAGGCGUUCAGGAAGAUGCUCUUCGGCCUGUGCUUCUUCCAUGCGCUGAUACAGGAGCGUUGCAACUAUGGACCGCUUGGGUGGAACAUCCCCUACCAGUUCUCAGAACCUGACCGACAGAUCUGUGUGUCGCAGCUGAAGAUGUUCUUGGAGGAGAACGCCGCGAUCCCCUAUGCGGCUCUUAGCUACACGGCUUCAGAAGCCAACUAUGGCGGCCGUGUGACAGACGCGCAUGAUCGGAUCACGAUCGCCAACCUCAUCACAGACUACUACUGUGAGGACAUCUUGAAGGACGGCUACAAAUUUUCCGAGUCUGGCAUCUACUAUGCCCCGAAGCACCAACCCUUGUCGGGCUACCUGGAGUACAUCCGCUCGCUGCCCAUCAACCAGAUGCCAGAGGUUCCCAAGAUCGCAAUAAGCAGCUUGAUGUCUGAGUUUCCGGCCCGGACGGAUUUGCUUGCGAUGGCGGUUGACGGAUGUCUUGUUCCCACCACGGUGAACCACCAAUUGAAGCCAUGCCCCAGCGAUUCCGCCGAGAUCCUGGCCACGGCCAACUCCAUGCUGCCCAAGGGAGGAGGAGGUGAUGGAGGAGCCCCGUUCGAUACCGAAUGGCUGGUGGCAAAGUACCCCACCGACUACAAUGAGUCCAUGAUUUCGUGGAAUACCGUGGUGAACCAGGAAGCCCUUCGCUUCAACAAACUGCUUAUCCGAGUGCGGGCGAGCUUGGUGGACAUCGGCAAAGCAGUGAAGGGCCUGGUCAUCAUGGGCCCAGAUUUGGAAGACGUCGCCAACGGAAUCCUGCUGAACAAGCAGCCAGAAUUCUGGAAGAAAGUGUCCUAUCCGUCCCUGAAGCCCAUGUCCUCCUAUGUGGCGGACCUGGUUGCAAGGAUGCAUUUCUUCACUGACUGGAUGGACAAUGGUCAUCCUGCGAACUACUGGCUGUCGGGCUUUUUCUUCACGCAGUCCUUCCUCACUGGACAGCUGCAGAACUUUGCCCGGAAGAACAACUUGCCCAUUGACACACUGAUCUGGACCUUCGAGAUCCUGAAGAAGGAGACUGCUAGAGGUUCAGGUCUUUUUGCGAUUGAGGCAGUGGAGCUGUCGAGAUUGAGGGAGCACGAGUUCGGGAUUCGGGAGUUGAUAACGUGUAGGGCCCUGGUGAUGGUUGAGUGCCUAGAGCAUUUGUCAUGGAACUUUUGGAGACACCAGAUUCUGUGUGCAGGUGGCGAUGGGUGCUAUGUUGGCUUUGGCAGGUUCGAGCUUGGAUUCCUCUUGGAGGAUGGCUGCGUGGUCUACGGCCUCUUCAUGGAUGGCGCGAGAUGGGACAAUGACCGGCAGGUCAUCCAAGACAGCCUUCCGAAGGUGCUUUUCUCGGAGAUUCCACACAUGCACUGGAAACCAUGCGAAAAGGACAAGGACUCCGCCGUGGGUUUUUUGGGAAGGAGGGCCGGUGAAGCAAGAGUUUCUUGUUUCCCCCUGCAGAGCACAGCAGCAAUGACCAUCAUCAUGCAUCAGAUGAGGCACUUCUGUCACGGCAGUAUCGAGUAUCUAGAUGCUGGGUUCAUCAUUUCUGAAUGCCUGAUUUGGGAGGAUACAACCGACCCGCUCGCCGUGUACCCCUCGCCAAUCUACAAGACCUCAGAAAGAAAGGCCGGCGACCCUGUGCUCUGGUCAUUAAAAGCGGUCCUCGUGUCAUUGUGGGUUGCUGUCAGGUGCGUUUGUUGCUCACACCCACUUCUCUCUCGCAAGCGAAUCUCUUGCCCAAGCAAUCCUCGAUUGCACCUUCCUCUGUUUCCUACCAGUACCUGCUACAUGCAACACAUGUUUCUUGAUCUCGUUGAAGCUUGA